AUGAUGAGCGCCUCUCAUUACUGCGCAUGUGCGGAAUCGUGACCGCGCACUUAUGUGAGACGUUUGAAAGUUGUCGCCGGUAAUUAACACACAGGUAACGAAAUCAUGGAGCUCAAUGAUGGAAACCUUCGAAGUUUGACAGAAUAUCUGCAGAAAACACUAAGCCCUGACCCAGCUGUGAGACGCCCAGCUGAGAAAUCUCUGGAAUCGGUUGAAGGAAACCAGAACUACCCCAUUUUACUGCUCACUGUACUCGAGAAGUCCCAAGAGGACGUCAUCCGUGUUUGUUCAGCCGUCACAUUUAAGAAUUACAUUAAGAGAAACUGGCGUAUAAUUGAAGAUGAACCGAACAAAAUAUCCGACGCUGAUCGAACCGCUAUCAAAGCCAACAUUGUGAAUUUGAUGCUGACCAGCCCAGAGCAAAUACAAAAACAGCUUAGUGAUGCCAUCAGCAUCAUCGGCCGGGAGGACUUCCCUCUGAAAUGGCCUGAUCUCCUGACUGAGAUGGUGACGCGCUUUCAGAGCGGAGACUUCCACAUCAUCAACGGAGUUCUUCGCACUGCACAUUCUCUUUUUAAAAGAUAUCGUCAUGAGUUCAAGUCCAAUGAGCUGUGGUCAGAGAUCAAGCUUGUACUGGACACGUUUGCACAGCCCCUUACUGAACUUUUCAAGGCUACAAUUGAUCUGUGUCAAACUCACGCAACAGAUGUGAACGCCCUGAAAGUGCUCUUCUCUUCACUUAUACUCAUUUCAAAACUCUUCUACAGCCUUAACUUCCAGGACCUGCCAGAGUUCUUUGAGGACAACAUGGAGACGUGGAUGACACACUUUCACAACCUACUGACUUUGGAUAACAAAUUGUUACAAUCAGAUGAUGAAGAGGAGGCUGGUCUGCUGGAGUUGUUGAAAUCUCAAAUCUGUGAUAACGCAGCACUUUACGCCCAAAAAUAUGACGAAGAGUUCCAGCCUUACCUGCCUCGCUUCGUCACGGCUAUCUGGAACCUGCUGGUCACAACUGGCCAAGAGGUCAAAUAUGACCUGCUUGUAAGCAAUGCUAUCCAGUUUUUGGCUUCGGUGUGUGAGCGGCCACAUUAUAAAAAUCUCUUUGAAGACCAGAACAUUCUCACCAGCAUCUGUGAGAAGGUCAUCGUCCCCAACAUGGAGUUCAGAACUGCAGAUGAAGAGGCUUUUGAAGAUAAUUCUGAGGAAUACAUCAUCAGAGACCUUGAAGGCUCAGACAUCGACACGAGGCGUAGAGCAGCUUGUGAUUUGGUGCGAGGCCUUUGCAAGUUUUUCGAGGGCCCGGUGACUAGUAUCUUCUCUGGCUAUGUGAACUCCAUGCUGACGGAGUACGCUAAGAACCCAGGGGUGAAUUGGAAACACAAAGAUGCUGCUAUCUACCUUGUCACAUCCCUGGCCUCCAAAGCACAGACACAAAAGCAUGGAAUAACACAAGCUAACGAGUUGGUGAAUCUGUCCGAAUUUUUCGCAAACCACAUUCUAGUAGAUCUCAAAUCUCCAAACGUGAAUGAGUUUCCAGUGUUGAAAGCAGAUGCGAUCAAGUAUGUCAUGACCUUCAGAAGUCAGCUCCCCAAGGAGCAGUUGUUGGAGGCUGUUCCUCUGCUGGUGUCACAUCUGCAGGCUGAGAGCAUUGUUCAGCACACAUAUGCAGCUCAUGCACUGGAGAGACUCUUCACCAUGAGAGGAGCCAACAACUCCACACUCAUCUCGCCCGCUGAAAUUGCACCGUUCAAAGAGCAGUUACUCAACAAUCUUUUCAAAGCUCUCGCAAUCCCCGGCUCCUCUGAGAACGAGUACAUCAUGAAAGCCAUCAUGAGGAGCUUCUCUCUUCUGCAGGAAGCUAUUGUUUCCUACAUCGCUAACCUGAUUGGCCAACUCACGCACAAGCUCCUCCUUGUCAGCAAGAAUCCCAGUAAGCCACAUUUCAACCAUUACCUGUUCGAGUCACUGUGCCUGUCCAUUAGGAUCACCUGUAAGGCAAAUCCAAACACUGUGAACGACUUUGAAGAGGCUCUGUUCCCCGUAUUUACGGAGAUCCUGCAAAAUGACGUGCAGGAGUUUGUGCCGUAUGUCUUCCAAGUAAUGUCUCUGCUUCUGGAGAUUCACACCGACUCCAUCCCAUCCACUUACAUGGCCCUGUUUCCUCACCUGCUGCAGCCUGUGCUGUGGGAGCGCACAGGGAACAUCCCUCCUCUGGUCCGGCUGCUGCAGGCUUACCUGGAGAAAGGGGCUUCUGCCAUCGCAAGCUCGGCUGCUGAUAAGAUACCUGGUCUUCUUGGAGUGUUCCAGAAACUCAUCGCAUCCAAGGCCAAUGACCACCAAGGGUUUUAUUUGCUCAACAGCAUCGUGGAGCACAUGCCACCUGAUUCCAUCACUCAGUACAGGAAACAGAUCUUCAUUCUGCUCUUCCAAAGACUACAGAGCUCUAAGACGACAAAAUUUGUUAAGAGUUUCCUUGUCUUCAUCAAUCUCUUCAGUGUGAAAUAUGGUGCCAUUGCAUUGCAGGAGGUUUUUGACAGCAUCCAACCCAAGAUGUUUGGCAUGGUCGUGGAGAAGAUAGUGAUUCCAGAGGUGCAGAAGGUCUCUGGACCGGUGGAGAAGAAGAUCUGUGCUGUGGGCAUUAUUAAGGUCCUUACAGAGUGUCCGGCAAUGAUGGACACAGAAUACACCAAACUCUGGACUCCCUUACUGCAGGCUCUGAUUGGUCUGUUUGAGUUACCAGAAGACGAUAGCAUCCCAGAUGAUGAGCACUUCAUAGACAUAGAGGACACACCAGGAUACCAGACCGCUUUCUCCCAACUCGCUUUUGCUGGCAAGAAAGAGCACGACCCUAUUGGAGAUGCUGUCAGCAAUCCGAAAAUCCUUCUCGCCCAGUCACUACACAAGCUUUCCACAGCCUGUCCUGGAAGGGUGCUUUCCAUGUUGAGCACCAGUUUGCCAGCAGAAGCUCUUCAGUAUCUGCAGGGUUACCUUCAGGCUGCUGCCGUACAGCUCGUGUAACCCAAACUCUCUUCCUCUGUUUCCUUCAUGCCUGUUGAGUUUAUCAAGGCUAAGAAGUGGGACCUCUUGACUCUCAAGACACCCAAACUGAUCCAGCCAAUGAGAGAUGAACAGUGGACUCAACAUGACGUGCGCUAGUGGAGAUGUACUGCCCAGUCAAGAAGGGAUUUUAGAGGAUUGUUUAUUUUUAAUGGCUUUUGUGUGAAGUAACCAAUCCGAAAAGUCAAUAUGAGUUUGAUGGUUUGGGCCUCAUCAUCUCACUUGGGUGGGCCAUGUUGAUGCUUUUCCUUUGAAUUAACCAGUCCAUACAUCACAUUCUCAUGUUUAGUUUGGCAUUUUACCAAACAUACAUUUGACAGUAUUUGAAAUACGUCAACUUGUACACAAGUUUGACAAGCACUUGGGAGUUGGCAGACAGUUGGUGGUAUCUUUGAAAUCGAUGGGAAAAUUGUUUGUUGUUUUUCCUGUAGUUUUUGAGGCGUUUUAACUGUAAACAGCUUUGCAAUUGCAGAAAAAAUGAAAAAAAUGUAAUAUCAUUUACCAUGUUUGGGCUUCAUGUCUUAGUUUUGCUGCUCUGUCUCAUUGUUAAUAAAGUGAAGCACUUGUUUAAA